GUUUCUGGUUGGCCUAUACUCCCCGAGAUACUCCCGACGUUGUCCGGACACAUGCCGCACCAGCCCGUGAGGCUAGCUAUGCACCCACACCUCGGCCGUGAUACACACUACCAUGGCGAGCCAGCUACAGUACCGCAAGACAGUUAGACAGUCGUCACUGCACGCCAGACCCGGUGCAAUGCAUGCUGCCGAUAUGGUGCAUUUGCGCCCUUUGAACCGCAGCAUACCGUUCUACAUGCUAAUCUUGAGUGACACACCAAGUCGGCGUGACGAGGAUGACGGCGAUGCUGCGAGCGGCAUAGAUCUUAGGAGUGCUGCACAAGCGGAGGCGGAGGUGACGGGGUUAGGGAUGCUUCAAGCGGCGUGGGAGCGUGAGGAGCUGCUGCGCGUGCGUCCUGUGGACCGUGCUCCGGUGAUGCGUCUGUCGCGGACGAUCGACUCCGUUGAUGACUGAGACGCGUAUCACUAAACCGCGGGGCAGCGCUAGUAGGAGGAGGAGGUCCUUGGCCUUCGUGCUGUGUGUUCACCGAAACUCUGGCGAGGGGAGCGGCCCUCGCCGGAGGACUCGUGUUGCCAUGAACACCCGGCAACUGAACCGGGCCAGCCUUCUCAUGAGUACGUUGACCUCCAUCGUUCUCCAUGAUUGUUUAGCAGCGGUUGUGAGUGUAAUGUGGUGGUAGCCUUGCGGUGGGGGUGGAGGCGAAAGGUGGACGAAGGACAACGGGGAGGUCGUCCCCUAUACCCCAACCACCACCAACUGCCACGCCAAGAAGGCCGUUUACGAGUUGAUGCGCUAUGUGGGCAGCGUGGCCAUUUCGGACAAAGAUGUCCAAAGUGAGCGAACAUGGUAGUCCUGGGAGCAACAUUUUUUUUCCUUGUGCGUUCAAACAUGUCACGAGCCCGGCAGCCGAUGUCAGGUGUACCCGCUCGACUGCAAGUCCCUGCGCGUUCGUAUGUUGACUCGUCUGCAUUUCAUAGAGCCACAAAGUGUUGAGGACGUUGCGCUAGAGUGCCAUCAUUGAUUUGCAACGCGAGGUGAGCACCCGCGGAUGGCGUUUUGUAUAAGUCUCCCAAGAAAGUGACCAUAAAACAUAUGUCCGGUCAAUCACCAGCCGCGUGUAGCAUGGCCGAAAUUUCAGUUGUAAAUUAAUAUGACAACGUUCGGCGUGUGAUUGUUUCCAUUCCGUCAUAACACGCACACCGCUUCUGCCUGCCCGCCUCACGCCUGCAUGCGUACGACUGCUUCCUGUGCCUUCCUCCAUGUCUGCUUUAUAUACGUUCGGCCUGUCCUUGUGGGACUUGGGAAGUGACGUGGCGGUUUCUUGGACAAGAUCCAGGAGGGCAACCCGUGUGGCUUCCCUCGUCCACUUCACGUGCUCUGCGCGGCGAGCAGUACGGCCGCCGGCAAUCAUGGCGGUUCGUCAUGAGCAUGUUCCCGAUGGCGAGACCGACGAAGGCUUCGAUGAGAUGCUUAAGACAGUCGAGUGGCAAGUAAACUGUGUGCUGGUGGAAAAGGGCAAGAGCGUCUACGAGCACGCCCAGAGGUUUUUCGUUGCCACGUGAGUAAAGCUUUCACGUAUUAUUGUGCCGCGUGCGACAACUCCUUCAUUUGGGCAGGGAAAUUCUGCUGCUUGGCUCUUAAACGGAUUUGUGCCUGGUCCUGUUUGUUUUUAUCUGUCGUUCGUGCGGGGGUACGUAUGCAUCAAGAGUGGAAAUGAGAGACCAGGUUCCGCGGGAAUGCGGGAACGUGUCGAAUUUUUUGCUACACCGCGUGUUGCAGUUUCCCUUGAUUAGCUUCCCGCCUCUCCCCCCCGACUGNUAGCCAUUGGAGUUUGUCAAACACGCCCAUCACUUCGUGAGCUCAACAAGGAAGAUACCCGUUGCUUUUUUUUCGCUCCUGUUUUUUUUUUUGGCGGUGAUCAUGAUGGUGGUCGAGUAGAUUUUGGUGUGCGGGGUCGAAAACCUCACUUGGAGCAAAGGAGCUGAUCACAUUGCGCGUCUUUACUUGGUCACGUACCCUCGAGGCACUUUUACGCAGCGCUUACAGCUGUCUCUGAAAAAGGAAACGGCAAAACAUUUAUUAAGUCAUUCGCAGCUGUUACCCGAAUUCAAAGGAAGUAAGCACAAGAUGCCGAACACCCUUCGCGGGAUGCAGCGCACCCUCCAUGCGACUCGGUAUUUCACGGCUCUUUCCGCUUGGUGAUUGCGAGCCUGGUCCGGCGAGAACCUGGCGUGCUCCGUCCCGGCAUUGUAGGGGUGCGAGGCCAAUGGUCUAACGACUACGGUUAUGGUUUGGGUCAGGGAUACUCCGGGCUAGUGGUAACGAAACGUCAGCUGUCCUGCGAUUUUUCCAUGAGUGUUAUUUCACCAACAAUUAUUACUCCCCGACCGGAAAUCAUAUUUCACUAGACCACGGUAGAUUCACACCAAGACGUGUGUGGUGGUGAUUGUUGUAGUACAUUCGCCCUGCCUAUUGAGAGAGUAGCACAAGUUUUUGAAUCUCGAAUGCAUCCACUAACCGCACCAAGCCGGUAGUUCUUGUCCCCGCGUGUUUGCGUGCGAUCGCAAGCAGCGAAGUCAAUAUGGUGCUAGCAAAGUGCCCCAUCCUCUAACACCAUUCCAUCAAAAUAUAUCUUCCUCUUGGUGACCGUUUUGUUCCGCGCUGGUUCCCUUUCGUCUACCCCCCUUCCCCAAAUCUUCGGUACGCACAAACCCCACCAACGGUCCGGGCUUCGACGACGACGGCAACUAAAUUGCCGGCGAAGAAGACGGCAAUGGCUUGGGAGGCGAUGGCUCGGGCGGCGAUGGCUCGCGCGGCGACCGCGGCACCAAUCGCGGUAACGUCGAGGCGGGCGAGCAGCGUGGUGCUGACGAGGAUGCAGUCCUCUCCGAGCGCACCAACAAAGUAAUGACGGAUGAAGGAGGGGCAUCAGGUAGUGGUGUUCGUAAGGCUGACUAGGGUUAGGGUUAACGGUGAUAGUAAGGCUGACUAGGUAUGCGGGAAGUCGCGCAAGUAUUUUUCGGGGUCAUCUUCCGUAUCACAGCGCGAGACAUAGUGCCCAAAAUAGGUUGGGUUCGUCCGGCCCAUGAGCCCAUGGAUGGUGUUUUUUCUUUAGUCGCACAGCUUUUCGGGCACAGCAUUAUGCCUGUAUGUGUAUACUAGUGACGUUUUCAGCAACGCCGUGAACUAAUACCAUGCACACACAGCAGUUGCAGCUCGUCUUUUACAGUUGGCGGGGGUUGUCUUGCAGCGUGGCGAUGUCAGGAAUUCUGGUCGUGCAAAUAGCAGCAAAGUAGUACUUUGCGCUGCUGGUGUAGGGGAAUUUCAUCAGUCCUUUUUCUUCGUCGCUCUCGCGCUUUUCGGUACUUUUCCGUUGCGGGAAAACUUAGCGACACAAUGUUGGGCGGUGUGAGCACAGCCAAGUAUAGUGCUCUGUACCCUCUGGUGUAGAUAUUUUAAAAUUGGAUAUUUUCGUUUUUGUUGAUAGCAGUUCUAUUAAGCUCAUAGAAGUACGUAUAUAGGUAGCCCUUUUCCUUCGUCGUUGUCAUGAAUUUCGUCUUGUUUUUCUUUGCAGGGAUUCCGUGGAGAGUCGUUAGGUGUUUCGUGAUUUGGGAAAGAUAAAAGGAAGUACUAGACCUGCUUCAAUAUCAACGGCUGUGGCACUUCCUUACGCCAUGUAAUAUUGCUUUCUGUGCUCACCUACCUUGUGGGUGUUGCUUUUAAGUAACGAGGGCAUUUUCAGAGAGGGACAACACGUGAACGUGA